CUCGGAUCUAAACAAAUGGAGAGAAAUUUUUAGUUUCCAUGGGUAAGACUUUUGUUCUGCUUCAUUAUCCCGUUUUUAAUUCCAGGUGGUUUUUAGUAUAAUUUUAUAAGUUCUAUUACAAUACUUAUGUGACCAUGCAAAAGGUCUUCAUGUACUCAGUAAUGCAAGUACUACAGCUCGAACUCUUCCUUUCUUUUGGGGUUCUUUUCUGGCUGGGCUCCUGUUUCUUCAUGUUAGCAAAGCCUCUGCUGUUUGGUUGGGGUUUUUUUAAUAACCUGUAUUUUAUUUUCCCUUUUCAGUUUGGAAUUCAGUAAUAGAACUCUUCAGGUAACUGUUUCUCUAAAAGGUAACAUUUUGGUUUUUGCAACUGUCCCGCCAGGUUAGUGAGUGGAGGAAAUCGCACAUUUAUAUAUGCGGCACAGCAGACAGUUUUAUGUAGAUUUAUCUCUUAUGCUCUUCCUUUAAGAAACAUGCAUUUUCUUCAGAUAUUUUAAAGGAAUGUCUUCCUGAUCUAAAUCAAAGUGGCAGAGUAGUCUAUAAGUGAACCCUUCUGUCUAAAAGUAACAGUUUUCAUGGUCGAUUUUAGAACACAGGAAAAAAAGCCUAACAAAUUAAGAUCUCUGAAAUGUAACUAUUUGGAAAACCUGCUGAGUCCCUCGGUUGGAAGGCAACGCAGCUUAUUCCCUGUAGCUCAAACACAACAUUAUUUUAUACUCCGGUCAUUGGCUUGUAGGGACGUAUCCACAAGGACUGAAAAAAGCUGAAAUCAAACCCCGUGGUGCUCCCGGGCACCUGCCCAUCGCAGGUCGCUGUGCCGGUCCCAGUGGCAGUACUCGGGGGGUAGCUUUGGGUGCAGGUGAGGCAGCAGCCGGGGAUGAUGCCCCAAGUUCUCCUCUCUCUGUGCAGCGCGGCCGGGCGCCCCCCGGAGCUGGAGACCCUGCGGGGCCGCAGGCGCCUCUGCCCCCCGCCGCCGUCCCCAGGCCCCUCCUGGUCCCUCCAGCCGCGGGCGGGCGGCCCAUCUCCUUGGAAAUGGCAACGGUGAGCAGGCCUGCUGAAUUAACCACGAGCUGUAAUUUAAUCUCGUUAAAAGAAAGAGACUGGGGAACCUUACCUGGCGCUGUGGGAGGCGCGGGGUAUUGCUGGGCUGAAGGCUGCAGCCUGCUGUCAUCUGCAGCAGAAGCGUAUAAUGGUAAUGAUUUAUUUAUGAGACUUUUGAAGAACAUGGUUGCAACGCAACCUUAAAACUGAUAUACUAUAAUCUCCAUUAGAUAAUAGGUCAAAUGAGAAAGCGUAACGUUUCCCUGCCCGCCGGUGCUUUGCUGGUGAACAGCCUCAGAACAGGAGGCAGAAGUUCAGGAGAUCAGAAAGAUAUUUCUACUCUCACCCAAAAUCCUGGUUCGGAGCGCAGCACGUGACAGCAAGCACCUUGCCCAGGCUUUCCCCCAACAGGUGCAGCCUGUCCAAAUACAAAAAUUAUUUACACACUGCAACUGCACUUCACAGGAGUGGUUGAGUGAUGUCACUGAAUUAACCACGAACGUCAUCUUUGCUUUGAAAUUACGGGGUCUGAUCCUCGGUAGGCGAUGUUACACUGCUCUGGCCGGGAGCUCCCUCGCUGAACCCGUAUCCCGAGGCCUCUCUGACAUGGAAGAUCCUCCACGACGCUGGGAUGCGAAGGGAGCUGAACCCAUCCCCUCUUUCUCCUCCUGCCCAGGGGCUGCGGAAGCUGCUGUUUGGGGACGUGUCCCACCGCUUCAGCUGCGAAUGGGCAAACGCACACUUCAGGUUUCACCAGCCCUGCUCCGACCUGGCCUACGCUUUGGAGGCAGAAAAGGGGGGAACAAGAGCCAUUCUGAUGGCGGUACAGGCGCACGUCAUCGCGUACCUGCUCUUCGUGAGAAACACCAGACACACUCACCUGGACAGGCUGCGCAGGGUGAGCGGGCAGGAGCAAGGCGAGGCGCUGGCGGCCGCCCUGGCAGACACUCUGUGGGCAGCAGCAGCAGGAGGAGGAGGAGGAAGGAGAGUCGUGGUCUGCCUCGCCGCAGCCGCCCACAUCGUGCCCCGUGGAGACUACGAAGCCGACAGCUUCACAGAAAGAAUCCAGCUGUUUGAGUUCUCUGAGAAAGCAGCAGCUCAGGAGUUCAUCUUUGACCAUAUAAACUGUUUCAAAGGUGAAGGAAGUCAUGGAGUGAUCCUGUUUUUGUACAGUUUACUUUUCUCUAGGACACUUGAAAGGGUCCAAGAAGAUUUAGACUGCACAGCAACCCCUCUGUUAGAGUUCAGUUUUGGAAACAUCACCUGUACACAGGCCGUGCUCAGCCUCCUCCUCACGGGCCGAGCGGGCCUGCACGAGCUCGACGGCAGCCGGGAGUCCAGCAGCGGGGCUGGUGAUGCCGGGAGGCAGCGGGGCCCAGUGGGCUACCUGUGCGGUGGCGGAGGGCCAGUGGGGUGGCAGGCGAGCCCCGGGCUGAGGACGCCCCGGCUGCCCGUCUGGCUGUGCAGUCUGGCCGGGAGGCACGGCGUCCUCUUUGGCACCGACAGCCGGCUCCUCUCCGACUGGAAAAGGGAGAGAGUCUUCCACCUGCACUUCUACAGCGGGCGGGCGAGAGCAGCCCACCUAACGAUAGACACUCAUUCGCAUCCCUGGGAAGAGGCCCGCAGCGAGGGCCCAAGCAGCCCCGGGAAGAGGCGCCCGCUUGUGGAGAUGGCGAUCAGGAGCAAGUGGACAGGCGCCAGCGUCAGCUGGAACGGGACAGAGCCCUUCUUCUGAAACUGGGCCUCCCGCUCGCUCCCGACUCCACCAAACUGCUGUCUGGAGGAGAAAAAACACUUUC